UGGACUACCGACAGCGGGCUACAUUUCCACGUUUACGCCUGAGCAGCCACACGAGAACAUGGACUACUAAAAGUGUGAAAAACCUCCACACCGUAUCAUUCUCUGCAGUGGAUUUGGGGGAGUACGCUAAAGAGGCUCUUUGGUCAUUUUUAUUUUUUACAAUUUUCAACUUGACGUCUGGGUUUGUUUGCUCUUUCUCUGGACUAUAGGACAGCUCCGUCGCAGCUCUGAACAGGUUUAUUUCAUAUGGGUGUGUGUGACCUGCAGCCAAGCUGGUGGUGAAGGCGUGCGACCUGGUGCCCUCGCCAACCGUCGCCGCGGCUGCCAACAUGGCGGCGGGAGUGGCAGCAUGGCUGCCGUUCGCCCGGGCGGCCGCCAUUGGCUGGAUGCCGGUGGCCAACCUGCCCAUGCCCGUGGCGCCCGCCGCGGAGGGACGCGGGGGCAGUGGCGGCAAGCGGCAGGAUGAGCUCAUCAUCCUCAACGUCAGCGGGCGCCGCUUCCAGACAUGGCGCAACACGCUGGACCGCUACCCUGACACGCUGCUGGGCUCGACAGAGAAGGAGUUCUUCUUUAACGAGGAGGUCGGGGAGUAUUUCUUCGACCGAGACCCCGACGUCUUCCGCAGCGUACUGAACUUCUACCGCACGGGUAAGCUUCACUACCCGCGUUACGAGUGCAUCUCGGCCUAUGAUGAGGAGCUGGCCUUCUUCGGCAUCAUCCCCGAAAUCAUCUCAGACUGCUGUUACGAGGAGUACAAGGACCGCAAGCGCGAGAACGCCGAGCGGCUGAUGGACGACCAGGAGGACAACAAGGACGCCAAGCUGCCCAACAUGACCUUCCGCGAGACCAUGUGGCGCGCCUUCGAGAACCCGCACACCAGCACCAUGGCGCUGGUUUUCUACUACGUCACCGGCUUCUUCAUCGCCAUCUCCGUCAUCACCAACGUGGUGGAGACGGUACCGUGCGGACUGGGCUCGAGAUUGGUCGGUGGCUCGGGCGGGGGAGGGGCAGGGGAAAGUGGGGCGUUGCACCGGGACGCACCGUGCGGCGAGCGCUACACGGAGGCGUUCUUCUGCAUGGACACGGCGUGCGUGAUGAUCUUCACUGUGGAGUACCUGAUGCGUCUGUUCGCGGCGCCGAGCCGCUACCGCUUCGUGCGCUCGGUCAUGAGCAUCAUCGACGUGGUGGCCAUCCUGCCCUACUACAUCGGCCUGGUCAUGACAGACAACGAGGACGUGAGCGGCGCCUUCGUCACGCUGCGCGUCUUCCGCGUCUUCCGCAUCUUCAAGUUCUCGAGGCACUCGCAGGGGCUGCGCAUCCUGGGCUACACGCUGAAGAGCUGCGCCUCGGAGCUGGGCUUCCUGCUCUUCUCCCUCACCAUGGCCAUCAUCAUCUUCGCCACGGUGAUGUUCUACGCCGAGAAGGGCUCCGCCUCCAGCAAGUUCACCAGCAUCCCCGCCUCCUUCUGGUACACCAUUGUCACCAUGACGACACUCGGCUAUGGUGACAUGGUUCCCAAGACGAUAGCUGGUAAGAUCUUCGGCUCCAUCUGUUCGCUGAGUGGCGUGCUUGUGAUCGCCCUGCCCGUGCCCGUCAUCGUCUCCAACUUCAGCCGCAUAUACCACCAGAACCAAAGGGCCGACAAGCGCCGCGCACAGAAGGUCCAGAAAGCGCGACUGGCUCGUAUGCGCAUCUCAAAGACUGGAAGCUCUAACGCUUUCCUACACAGCAAACGCAACGGACUGCUCAACGAGACACUGGAACUCACACAACCCCCUUACAAGAUGAAAUUUUCACACCAGGGUUCGCUGGAAGAGGAGACUAAACCGUCGAAUGUCAUCGAGAGCCAACACCACCACCUGCUGCACUGUCUGGAGAAAACCACGAACCAUGAGUUUGUGGACGAGCAGUUCUAUAUGCAGAGCUACCACGAGGGGGCGCUCCAGAACUAUGCGUCUCGCAGCCCGUCUCUGAGCAGCGAAGGGUUAACCGGCACCUGCUGCACGCGCCGCUCCAAACGCGGCAGCCCCUCACUCACCAACGCCACGCACACACACUCGCACACACUCUCGCACACACACACGCUCACACAAUCGCACAGCAACACCACGACAGCGCUGCAGGAGCUCAGUGCUAUACACAUCCAGUGCACGGAGCAGCCGCUCACCGGAAGUCGCUCCAGUCUAAACAUGCGUCCAGAUGAGUGUCCGUCUCGAGGCAACUGCCAGCCAGGGGGGCAGAUCACCACGGCGAUCGUUACCAUGCCGACUCCCCCGGCAACCACCCCCGACGGCGACGCACACCCACACACCAACGCACCCAACCCCACCCCCAACCCCACCCCUCCUGCCUCGAUGCAGGGCGUGGUCAAGGUCUCCGCCCUGUGAAACCAUUGGCCGACUGUGACAGGAAGAGGAAGAGAAAGAGGAAGAGGAAGAGGAAGAGGUGGGGCGUCUUUGGCGUGAUUGACUGCUGAAGGCCCCACACCCCUCUUUGAGGGUUGACUGACAUGGCGUACAGUUUUGGAAC